AACCUUUUUUUUAUUAUUUUUAUUUUUGGAUCUCUUCCACAUUGUUGUAUUACCCGUCUUAAAUUUUGUUUCCAUGUGUGUGUUCACCUCUGUGUUUCAUGGGGCCAUAGCAGUUCAAUAAAACUAGAUUGUAUUUUGACAAAGAGAAGUUUGCCAGUAGAGUGGGAAGAAUGGAGGAGAGAAAUGGAGAAGAAAAGGAGGAUAUUUAGAGAGAGGUUCAGACAUUUAGCAUAUUGGGUGCAACUGGAGGAGACCGAGGAAGAGGGAAAAGAAGAAGGUGGUCAUGAGAAGGAGGUUCAAGAUUGUCAAGAAAAGUCCCAAGAACUACAGGAAGACCUGACCGAUGCUGAUGAGGGAACAGAACUUUCAACAGAGGAGGACAUGGGAAGUUAUGAAGAUGUGUUGAAGGUUUACAGUGAUGACAGGUAUCCCACAGACAUAUUCCUCACCUUAAAGGAAUUCAGGGACUCUUCUCUCCUCACUGACCUAACUUUGAGCACUGACGAUGGGAAGGACUUCAACGUACACUCCCUGGUCCUGGCUGCUGUCAGUGCUCAUGUCCAGGAGGCACUGAUAGAGAGAAACUGGAAAAGAAAGCAAGAUAAAGCAGACAUGGAAGUCAACAGCUGGUCAAUGUUUGUGGGCCCUGAGGUGGAUCAUGUGGGGCUACAGGCAGUUCUGGAGUUUGCCUACACUGGAGCCAUACUAGCUCUGAACAGAGAAACCUUGGCCCAGAUAAAAGCUGCAGCUCAAAAAAUGGGGGUCCUCAGGGUGUUAGAUCUCUGUGCUGAAGAGGAGAAAAAGUCCCUGAAAAAUGGAGAGCAGAAAAAGGGGGAGAGGAUCUCUGCUGCAGAGCAGCUGAAGAUCAGUAUCCAGUCCAUUAGAGAUUUGUGGAUGGAAAGAAAGGGCUGUGAUGUCAUUUUGAAGGCUAUUGGGGCAUCACUUCACGUCCACAGGGUGAUCCUGGCUGCCAGCAGUGACUACUUCCGGGCCAUGUUCACCUGUGGGAUGAGGGAAUCCCAUCAGUCCUGUGUGACACUCCCCUUCCUGUUGGGUUCCGAGCUGGAGGUUCUGAUUGGCUGCUCCUAUAGCGGGAACCUCCCCCUCACCUGGGGGUGUAUCUUCGAGAUCACAGGAACCUCCCUUCAGCUCCAGUAUGAGCCUGCCCUUUCAUUGUGCUUGAACUUCCUGCAGCAGGAAAUAAAUCCCGACUCCUGCCUGGAUGUGGUGUCUUUUGCAGAGGCCUACGGGAUGGUGCAUCUCCUCGAAAUGGCUGAGGAUUUUGUCCUACGGCAAUUCCAAAAGGUGUCAUGCACCUCGAAAUUCAAGGACCUGAGAGCAGAACAUCUGCUAAAGUACCUGAACAGUAAAUCGCUCUGUGUUCCCUCUGAGCUUGUUGUAUUCAAGGCGGUGGUGGCAUGGAUCCAAGCCAAGCCCACGACGAGGAUGAUGCUUGCAAAGGAACUGAUGAAAACAAUCCACUUUCCCCUGAUGACUUUCAAAGAAUUCAAGGAGGUUCAGUCUUUGAACAUGUGGUCUGAUCGCAGCUUGUCAAAACUUUUUGCCAAGAUUUUUGAGGACUUCUGCUCAAAUGACACUGAUCCUCAAAAUCAAUGCAGGGUCUACCUGCCAAAAGAGAGUUUGGUCUUGGUUGGUGGGGAGCAGAUCUCUGGAGACUUCAGCUGCCGCAGAAUCAGCAAAGAACUGUGGUUUGGGAACUCCUUGAGAAAUCAUACCGGGAUCAUGAAGGCGAUGGAGUGGAGGCAGCUGGGAGAGAUGCCAGAGCCACCAAGGCUUAGCCAUGAGGUAGCUGUGCUCAAAGGACUCUUGUACGUGAUUGGAGGAAGAAAGUAUUAUGGCAUCAAUGACAUACUGGAUUCUGUUUACAGGUAUGACCCCCUUCAGAACAGCUGGGAGAGACUGGCUGACAUGCGGGAAAAAAGAUGCUCUUUCUCUGUGGUUGUGCUGAAUGGAAAGUUAUAUGCCAUUGGUGGGGAUUCUCAGCUUAACAAUGUCGAAAGUGUUGAAUGUUACUGCCCUACAGCAAACUCUUGGAGCUUUACCCGGCCCUUGGACAUGCCUCUGACUGGGCACGCGGGUUGCGUUUUACAUGAGCAGAUCUUUGUCUCAGGAGGGCUGAGCAGUGGGUACCAGUGUCAGUCAUCCAUGUUUUCGUACCACCCAGAGAAGGGAAACACCUAUCUGGCAAACAUGAAUAAACCUCGAGCCCAUCACUGCAUGGAGAGCCUGGGUGGCCAUCUUUAUGUUGCCGGGGGAGUGACCACAGAUGAGAACAUGGCUAUGGUUGACCACCUGGCUUGUGAGGUGUACAACCCCGUGGCUGACUGCUGGACUGCCAUCAUGCGUCUGACCGCGCCUCAUGUGGGAGCAGGAUCUGCAGUUCUGGAGGGGAAGUUUUACGUGCUUGGAGGGUACAGCCAGGAGGACUACAGUGACACGAAGCUCACUCACCGUUACGAUCCCAACUUGCAGCAGUGGGAGAACAUGGGCAAGAUGCCCGGGCCCAACAAUGACAUACGAGCCUCUGUGCUGUUUUUGCCGCCACAUUUGCGAUCGUAG